UCUUAAUAAAAAUAUUCAAGAAUAUCUCCUGCGGGCUAUAUAACAAUCGCGCCCGCGACGUGUUGAAAAACCUCGGGCUCGAGUUCUAUUCUGUGUGUGUGUGUGUGUUGUAAUAUCGAACGGCGGGAGCCUCGCGAGCGAUUAACGCUAUGUUUCAGUCCGGGUCUACUUGACCAGCCUGUGUUUUUUUUUCUUAUAUCAUACAUAGAUAUAUAUAGACAUAUAUACCUACGUAUUUACAUCUAUAUGUGUCUGUAUGUGUGUUUGUUAACCAAGGCUUGCAUUCAUCAGGGACGAGAUCAUCUUUUCGAUAUAUCUAACGUAUUUAAUAGAUUAAAGUUAAAUAUUAUACUUGGAUAAAGUAUAAAUAUCAUUGGCAGUAUGUCUUAUCCUGGACAAACGCCAAUGGGCAUACCGGGUAUGCCUCCCAUGCCUUACAUGGUUGGCGCACCUCCAUCAAUGAAUCCAUUACUUGGUGGUGUCAUGCCUAUGGCACAUCCCAUGGUACCUACUCCAGUAUCAGCUAUGCAAACGUCAGCUCCAGCUGUACGUUAUGCACAACCUAGACUUAAUGUGCCAUCUCAAAAACUAACAGAAAAACCUAAGAGAGAGCGCGAAACAGGCCCACCAGUAACUGUGUUUGUGGGUAAUAUAAUGGACCGUGCUCCGGAUAUUAUGAUCAGACAUAUUCUGGGAGCUUGUGGUCAGGUUCUUUCCUGGAAACGGGUUCAAGCAUUUGGGUUCUGUGAGUUUGCAGGGCCAGAUGCUGGCUUGAGAGCUGUUAGAUUACUUCAUGACAUGGAAAUUGGCACUAAAAAGCUAGUUGUUAAAGUAGAUGCUAAAACUAAAGUUCAAAUGGAUCAAUUCAAAGCUGAAAGAAGAAAAAAAUUAAAAGGAAGUUCAUCACCUUUGCAAGAUGAGGCUUCUGCUGAUCAUGGAGAAACAGAAGACAACGAUGAUUAUAUGGAUGAUUCUAUGAAGUCAACUGAUGAAGAAGCUCUUUCUAGAAUUAGAGAAAUUAUUUCAGAACACUUGAGUGAUUUGGAAGCUAUUAUGAAUGAAGCAGAAGAACCACCAAAACAACAAGUGCCAAAAGCAGUCAACUUGGAUGAUGCUGAAAUUGAAGAAAGUAAGCGAGACCUAAUCACACGAGAAAUUGGAAAGUUUCGUGAAGUCAUGAAGAAACAAGAAGAGGAAAAGGCUCGAGACAAAAAGAAGCGCGAGAAGGAGGAGCGCGAGGAGCGCGAAAAACGCGAGCGUCGCGAAAAGGAACGAGCGAGCCGCAGCAGUCAUCACAACAGGGACGGCCGAGGCGGCGGCAGCGGAGACAACAACAACAAGGAAGAAGACGAGUCGUCCAGUAAAAAGGGCAGCGCCGACGAGGACGGCGAGAUUAACAGUCCUCGAGCGGUCACCGGCCGAGAAGACAGCACCGACAGCCGGAGGCGAGACAGAAGGCGCAGCCGAUCGAGGACUCGAGAUCGGGAUCGUCGCUCCAGGGAGCGAGAUCGUUCACGAGAGCGGGAUGGCGAUCGUCGAGGCAGGACGCGCGAGCGCGACGGUGAUCUGCGACAUCAUCGCAGCGACCGAGGUGGUGGUGGCGGCGGUGGUGCCGACAAGGACCGUGAGCUCCGCGAGCGGGAGCGCGACCGGGAGCAGCGCGAGCGCGAACGCGAGCAACGCGAGAGAGAUCGCGAAAGGGAGCGAGAGCGCGAGCGCGACAUGCGCGACAGAGAGCACCGGGACCGGGACAGAGAUCGCGACGACGGGCGCAGGACCGAGCGCGAGAUCAUGCGCGAGCGCGAGGAGGAGGAAGAGGCCAAGGAGAGGAAAAAGAACGAGCGCAGAGCUCGGGAAAAGGAUGCGGCCUAUCAGGAGCGGCUGCGUGCCUGGGAGGCUCGCGAGCGACGAAAGGCAAAGGAGCACGAGAAGGAGAACGAGAAGAAGCGAGCCAAGAGGGACGCGAGGGAGCGCGAGGCCAAGCGACUCAAGGAGUUCUUGGAGGAUUACGACGAUGAGCGCGACGACUCAAAAUACUACAAGGGCAAAGAGCUCUCGAGGCGCUUGGAGGAGAGAGCUUCCGAGGCCGAAGCCGACUCGAGGGACAGAUGCGCCGAGAAACAGGAGCUGCAACGGCUCAAAGAGAAGCUAUUUGCAGACUCGAGUUACACCGAUCCUGCUGCCGAAUUCGAGAGGUUGAAGCAAGAACGGGAAGAACAGUACAAACCCAAGCCAGUUAUAACGAUACUAGACGACGAGGACGAUCCUCAACAAAUCAAGGUGAUCGAGAGGAAUUCUCGCAAUCGUAAUCACAAGUCGAAAGAACCGUUGCCGCCGAUCGAGACCGAGCCCAUUGACAGUGACAGCGACGACGUGCAUUACGCCGACAGCACGACGCCGGUCAAUCAACAGCCAGUAUUGGGUGGCACGCCACCGCGACCGCAUCACAUGUUGCAGCAGCAACAACAGCAGCAACAGCAGCAGCAUCGCCAUCAUCGGCAUCACAGGCACCGGGGACCCGGCGAGAAUCAUCACGGCGGCCGCGGCGGCGUCGAAAUCAUACACGACGACGAGGUACACGUACUCAAAGAAAUCGAGAGGGACGACCAUACGAAAAAUCGUAAAGACAGACCAAUGCCAAUCGCUUCGCCGCCGGGAGGGAGGUCUCUCACGCCACCUCCACCGAUCGACAGACAUCAUCACUAUCACCAUCACAAUCAUCCGCCUGGCCAUCACGAAGAGGAGUCAAGAAAUUCGCAUCACAGUGAAAAUGAUAAAACCAGUGGUAGCAAUUUCGUUCCGUUUGCCAUGGCCCUCGGUGGCCCCAAGAACGCGGAACAUCACGUGAUUGGUAAUAAAACUCCAGCUAGUCCGGGCAAUCAGCCUAUAAAUCAGAAUUCAAAGGAUAAAAAGAAGACGCGUAUCGACGUUAAAGACGUUUUCAAUAAUGACGAUGACGAUGAUACGACGACCAAUGCGAAAAAACGCAAACUCGUACCCAUCGACUAUGGCGAAGAGAAGAAAAAUAAGAAGUCAGAAGACCUAGCGAAAAAUAUCAAGGAAGAAAAUUCGAAAUCAUCAGAAGAAAAAAGAAAACACAUUAAAUCUCUUAUUGAUAAAAUUCCCACAGACAAAUCUGCUCUUUUUGGAUAUCAACUUGAUUGGGCUAUCAUUGACAAUGCGUUAAUGGAAAAAAGAAUUCGUCCUUGGAUUAAUAAAAAAAUUAUUGAAUACAUUGGUGAACCAGAGCCUGCUUUAGUAGAUUUUAUAUGUAGCAAAGUCAUGGCUGGAAGCUCACCACAAGGAAUUUUAGAUGAUGUACAAAUGGUCCUCGAUGAGGAAGCUGAGGUAUUUGUUGUUAAAAUGUGGAGGUUAUUAAUUUAUGAAGUCGAAGCCAAAAAAAUGGGCUUAGUGAAGUGAAUAAUUUGUGCUACUCCUAUUUGAAUUAAGUGUAGGCCCAGCACAAAGACUCUAAUAAUGAAAUUUUUUAAACAAAUUUUAAUGUUCAGACUUAAUGAAUGAGCUUGAUGAAACAUGCGAAAAUACUAUAUAAAUAAAAUAACUUAUAGUGCGCUAAAGAAAAUGAAGAAAUGAUAAAAUUCAAACAAGUGAGAUUUAUUUAUUUAAGUGAAAAAGUGCACGUAGACAAUUAAAUUCAUUGAGUUUGCAAUUAUCAAGAUUUUCUGGACUUGUCAAAUAGCCCUAAAUAGCAGUAUCGACGAAUUUUGCUAUUUGCAGGCUUAGGUAUGCGCAUAAUAACGUUAUUUCAUAUUAAUGAUUAUUAUCUUCUCUUUAAAAAAGAAAUCAUUGUUCCACUUGAAGGCUCAGGCUAUGUUUAUAUAAUGAGAAUCCUUUUGUUGAGUUGAUGACAACCGAUAAAAUGCAUUCUCAAUUUGUACAAUUAUUUUUCAUUUGUGUACAAUAAUAUAACAUAAAAUAUGUAUAAAAAUUUACGUAAGUACAACCAUAAAGUAAUACUUUAAGUAAACUUGUUCGAUAUAUAUCAGUUUUUUUUGGAGAGAUACCGCGUAGCGACACUCCGAUGUCAAAUGUGUGUGUGGCUGCUCGUAACUCAUGUUAUAGGAAGGAAUGAAAGCCCGUUCGAAAAUGUCGUAUGUAUGAAAGCCUAGGAUUAUUUUAAUUUAGUAAUAUAUGUUUCAAAUCAAUAAUUAUAAAUAAAAACAUUUUGUUAUAACUCAG